GUUUGGGAUCUGUCCUGCCAUCCCCUCGGAUGCCGCCUCAUUCAGUUGGCGCUGGAGCGCGCUAAGCCACGCGAAGCUGCUGAGCUGGCCAGCGAACUCCGAGGCCACAUCCGAGAGGCCCUGAUGUCCCCACAUGCAAACUACGUUGCCCAGAAGAUCGUGACUCAACUGACAUGGACGGGCUGCAGCUUCGUGGCUGAUGAACUGGAGGGUCUUGCGUCGAAGUUUGCUCGCCACCGCUUUGGGUGCCGCAUUUUCUGCCGCUUGCUCGAAUUCUACGCGUCACAAGAAGGCACCCUACGACUGGUGGAUGAGGUACUUCAGGAAGCCGAAGAUUUGUGCUGUCAUCCGUUCGGUCACCACGUUGCCCAGUCCGUACUGGAGCACGGUACCGACCGCCACCGGGACACGGUGGCAAAGACAAUUUGCUCGAAUCCUCUGGGCUUCGCUCAGAACCAGAAUGCAA